GUUUGUUGCGCGCAUGACGGCUCAGCUGCGGCAUCGGCGCGGUCGCAGAACCGCGAUCUCAUAAACACAAAGUGAAUCUUUAUUGGACACAAGUUUUAGAUUUAAAAUUUUUCAAAAUUUAAUUAAUUAAUAUACUUGUUAAGUUAAUAUUAGUUUGAUUUUUUUAGUGAUACUUGUGAUAAUUAAUAACUUAAAAUGUUGACGGGAUGGAAAUUGCUUUUAUCAAAACUAUUCAUAAUACCUCAGCGAUGGGUGAUGGCGAUCAUGGGCUUCCUUGCGGUUGCGAACGCAUACACGAUGCGCGUCUGCCUCAACAUCGCUAUCACGCAGAUGGUGCGCCGGCGCGCUCACUCCCUCGCGCACGACCACGGCUCCUGCCCCGGAGACUUAGAAGAAACUGCCGGCGACGCCACCGAAAUAAGCGGAUAUGACUGGGAUGAGGAAACCCAGGGGAUCAUUCUCAGUGCAUUCUACUAUGGGUACAUAGUGACGCAUCUACCUGGUGGAAUGUUGGCGGAGAGGUUCGGAGGGAAGUAUUCACUCGGGUUCGGCGUUCUUAGCACAGCCGUGUUUACUUUGUUCACCCCCUGGACAGUCGCAACUGGAGGCGCCACUGGCCUCAUCAUAUUACGAGUGCUGGAAGGAUUAGGAGAAGGUACAACAUUCCCAGCUCUGAACGCGAUGUUGGCUCGUUGGGCGCCAGUGUCAGAGCGUGGGCGGAUGGGCUCCCUAGUGUUCGGCGGGGCACAAAUAGGCAACAUCGCCGGUACUUAUCUCUCCGGUUUCGUUAUCAAGGAAACCGGUGAAUGGCAAUCAGUCUUCUAUCUGUUCGGCGCUGUUGGCAUCUUAUGGUUUAUACUUUGGGCUAUACUGUGUUACAAUGAUCCGGAAUCGCAUCCCUACAUUUCUGACAAGGAAAAGAAAUACUUAGAAGAAGCACUCGGCAGACAUCAGAACAGCCAGCCGUCUGCUAUACCUUGGAAAGCGAUAUUCAUGUCCGUGCCGCUUUGGGCCCUAGUAUGCGCACAGAUCGGCCACGAUUACGGCUACUUUACCAUGGUGACUGACCUGCCGAAAUACAUGACGGGCGUGCUCAAGUUCGACAUCCACCGCACAGGCACGCUCGCUGCACUGCCGUACGCUGUCAUGUGGCUCAGCUCCAUCGUCUUCGGUUGGCUCUGCGAUAACAUGGUCAAGAGGAACUGGCUCACCGUUACCAACGCAAGAAAGACAUUCACUACAAUAGCUUCCGUGGGUCCUGGUAUCUGCAUGAUCCUGGCAUCAUACUCCGGCUGCAACACUGAAACUGUAGUCAUCUUGUUCACGGCUUCCAUGGGCCUGAUGGGCGCUUUCUACCCUGGAAUGAAGGUGAACGCGCUGGACCUGAGCAGCAACUACGCGGGAACCAUCAUGGCGAUAGUCAACGGUAUCGGCGCUAUCACUGGAAUCAUCGCACCGUAUCUUGUCGGAUUACUAACUCCUGAUAGUACCCUCGUUCAAUGGCGAUUGGUGUUUUGGAUAACAUUGGCAGUAUUCAUAUUGACGAAUUUGGUUUUCGUGGCAUGGGCGUCCGGCGACGAGCAAUGGUGGAACCGGCCAGCACAAGACAAUAAGAAACAACAGGAGAUUGAAAUCCCAACAACUAAUUCCAUCAACACUGAUAUUAGACUGUAAAUAUAGACAUAGGUAAAUUAUAGGAUCAUUUAUAUUCAGUGCAAUGCUGCACUUGUUUUAUUUAAUCGAUUAUUUUCGAUAAAUCGAUUUUAUACGAUUCCAAGAUGAAUAGGUUAAUCGAUAAAUCGGUUAAAUAUUGAUACGCUGUCCAAUUACUUUUUACGAAACUCGGUUUAAAACGGGUAUCAUUUUAUUAUUGAUUUUAAAUUGUUUAAAAUCUAUGGACUUUUAUUGUUUAAUAAACAAUAAAAUAUCGUUACAAUCUAUACAGCUAAUCUAAUGCUGUAUAGAUUAGAUUGUAAAGAUAUUUUAUUGUUUAUUAAAAUGUACCGAGCAAGCGUACAUAUUUUGAAUUACAUUUUAUGUAAAACCGAUAGUGAUAGGAAUGUUUUUAUUCAUUUAUGGUUAAAUUAAGAAAAUGGUUAAUGAUUGUUUAUCCCCUGCAAAUGAUUAAAAUUAUUGAUGAUGUUAUUUACUUUCAAAUAAGUGCCUAGCUGCAAGAGAUUCAAACCAAUAAAUUAUAGAGCGGACAUCAUUUAGCAUUAACUACAAAGUUUUCAUCAAACAAAUAAGUUUGACAACGACCAUUUGACAUGCGGGCGUGUCAAAAUAGACUAGCAUAAAGAUAACAAUUCUUGGAUUAUGCUUUUGUUUAUGAUGUCCCAUCUAUAAAUAAAUGAGUUAAAUGUCUUUGGUAUAAGUACAAAAACCAUAAAGUAUUCUUUGAAUUAUUGACAAUUCGUUGAAAAUAUUUUCAAGCUGCCAGUGCUAUGUGAUAGAAUUAGCGUAUUAUAAUUUUUAAUUGAAUGUUUGUAUGUGACUAUAUUUUUGAUGAAUUAUUUCAAUAUAAUAAUAAACAAUGAUAUUAGAUUACGUUUUAAUUGAGUAAAAUUUAGAUAAAUUUGCAUAAUGGCAAUACUUUCGCUAAAUCUAACUUUAUUUGUUGACGACAAUAAUACUAAACACUUUCUGAAUCAGUUUCUUCAGGUUAACAUACAUCUCCAGAAACAUUCCUAGGAAAAAAAUAAUUGAAAAGCAUAUUUUUCUUACAUUUAUGUGAAUCAAUCUAUUACCUAUUUAUUUCUCUAAUAUAACGACAGGGAUGCUUGUUAUCAAACACCUCGUAAACAAUAACUUAAAAGUAAAAAAAAAUAUAAUUAUGUUAUCUGGAGAUAUAAAUGGCAAGGACUUCUGUCUUCUGUUUUGCAUUUUGUAAAUAUUGUUGUUUAUUGAAUAUUUUGUAAGAGUUUUCACAUUUUAUUUUGUUCACAAUAAUUAAAGAAAAAUAUAUUUAAAAGGCUGUGAACAAAUAAUAUUAAAGUGAUGAGUAUUGUUUGAGCGCGCGUUUGUGCCAUUGAAAAGUUUGUCGUGUGUUUAAAAAAGUUAUAAAUUAUAAUUUAUCUAUUGAUAUAAGCAUUGUUUGAACUUUAGUCUUAAUUUAUAAUUAUAUCUGAGAUAAUAGGUUAUAUUUUGUAUACACUACAUAUUGAAUA